AUGCUUAAGCAAGCUUCCGAGUUCAAGGAGUAUCUACGUAAUCUGAAACGGAUCGUAGCCCUUGUUGGCGCCGGGCUCUCGGCUUCAUCUGGCCUACCGGUAUUUAGAGGAAGCCAGGGCCUCUGGAAAAACUUCAACAUGAUAGACUUGGCCACACCAGACGCAUUUUAUAUCGAUCCCGGCCUCGUGUGGCAAUUUUAUGCCUGGAGACGACACAUGGCGUUGGCGGCACAACCCAAUGCUGGCCACAGAGCGCUUGCAGCGCUUUCGCAAGAUCCUAGCAAGGAGUUUCUCACGAUCACCCAGAAUGUUGAUGGGCUUCUGACGCGAGCAGGUCACAAUAAAAGACAUCUUUACGAGAUUCAUGGCUCCCUUUUUGAACUACGAUGCACAAGUUUCACUUGCACGCACCGUGAAGAAAAUUAUGACGACCCGCUCACGGAGACCCUCAGAUGUGACGAUGAAUACGAACGAAACACUAAUGACGAGUCAAUAGAUACGGAUACGCUGCCGCAGUUCAGCCCCAUUAAGGAACUAGCGGUCAAGGACCUCCCGCCAUGUCCAGUCUGUGGCUCACUUAUGCGACCAGGCGUGGUGUGGUUUGGUGAAUCGCUUCCCUUGCGGGCACUCGACGGUAUAGAUACUUUUCUUGAGUCUGGACCUGUCGAUUUGAUUCUUGUCAUUGGUACCAGUGGGACUGUUUAUCCUGCGAACGGGUAUGUCGAGAGGGUGCGCCAACUCGGGGGAAAAGUUGCUAUCUUCAAUACGGACAUUGAAGAGGAUGUGGUUGCAGGUCGUGUUGCCGAUACUUGGGGGUUUCAAGGAGACGCAGCCAAAUUGUUGCCAGAGCUAAUUGGAACCCGAAGCAGCAGCCAAGUGUGA